AUGACUGCUCUCCGGAACCCGAAGGGAACAACCAUUGCAUUGAGACGGGGAUUGGGGAAAAUCAUCUACGACUUCUCCUUUGAUCUCUUCGACAGCCAUGUCCACUUGCUCUGUCAUCAUCUGAGCGAAAACAGAGAUGUACGAAUUAACACCCCGAUUGACAAAGACUUAGAUGAAGGACAAUCAUGUGAGCAAGCAGGGUUCCAAAAAGGAUUCAGCACGAUUGACCACAUUCACACUGUUUCGAAACUCAUCGAGGUAUCACGAGAGUACAAGAUGCCGCUCUGUCUCACCUUCAUCGACUUGAAGAAGGCCUUCGACUCAGUUGAGAUGGAAGCCUUGGACAACCAAGGCGACCCUACUAAGUACAUAAAGGUACUUCGAGAGUUAUACUUCUCUAAACUUAACUUCACGACCGCAAUUUCGCCAUUCUACAAGAAUAUCAUUAUUGAUGUGAAGAGGGGGGUCCGACAGGGUGAUACAAUCUCACCCAAAAUAUUCACAGCCACCCUAGAGAGCGCAAUGCGAAAGUUGGAAUGGGACGACAUGGGAGUGAAGGUUUAUGGUCGGCAUUCGCACCAUUUGCGCUUUGCUGAUGACAAUGUUCUGAUAGCAUCUAACAUGAGUCAGGAAGAACGAAUGUUGACCGAAUUCGACGAAACAUGUGGAUGCAUCGUUCUUCAGCUGAAUCUAUUCAGCUGUCGAUGUUCAUGCGUAACGGAUUGGUCUCGGAUGUCCCAUUCACGCUCAACGGAACGAACAUAUCCGAAUGCACGCUACGUUUAUCUGGGUCUGGAAAUGAACAUGAUGAACGACCUGAACCUCGUGCUGGACAGGAGGAGACGAGCGGCUUGGGGAGCCUAA